AUGAUGCCAAGAGAAGUGGAUUGCGAGUGGGAGAGCGCGGCCCGUAUCAUGGAUGAGCAGCAAUUUCUCACACUGCGGGAGUUCAGGCUGGACGUUCGAGGCAAAGACCUUGCCGAGGAAGAGAAGCGGCGCAUUUCGGACUGCUUCGAUGCCUUGCGUCGGCGAGGUGUCAAAGUUAUGCUGUCCUUCGGCUACCCGUGGUUCAACUUCGUGCCACUGGAGCCUUAUCACAGUGAUUCACUCACUGUAUCAGCACGUCAAUCGAAGACUCCCGAGCUGCAGGUUGAAGAUGUACAGUUGUCUGGAGUGCCUCUUACAUCUAACGACGACGAGCACCAAUCGAGCAUCUGA